UGGCGAUUCCUGAGAUGUAUAUACACAGAGAUUAAAAGAGAAUACCCUCCCCGGGUUAUAUUUCAGAAGUUUUCCUGUUUUCUCCCCCGUUCUUUUCCCUUCUGGUUGUUGUACCGGACCCAAAAUUCGAUUUCUGGAUUUUGCGAUAUCGACAAGCUUACUAUAGCUGCCCCAGCCGAUAGUUCGGAAUUAGCGUCGCGUCGCGAAUUUGCCCGCCUUGGACUCGGAAGUUACGAAGUCGUCACCGAAGAGCGUAUAAGACCAGAGCAAGGCAGUGCGGAAGACAAGAUGGCGCCUCGACGCCGUGUAGUUUCCGAUUCCGAGUCCGAGUCUGAUGAACCCGCAGUCCCUUCGGUCCCUUCCAAUGAUGCGCUCGAAAAGGCUCUACGCGAGACCGUCGCGACAAUUUACAAAUCGGGGAAUAUGGAGGAAUUGACGGUGAAGCGGGUGCGCAUGGCGGCGGAGAAAUCCCUCGGGGUUGAGGAGGGCUUUUUCAAAGGAAGCAGCACUUGGAAGUCAAAGAGUGAUCAGAUCAUUAAGGAUGAAGUGGAGGUACAAGAUCAGCGGGCGCAAGAACCGGACUCAGAUGAAGAACCGGAGGAGCAGGCUCCUCCCGCGAAGGCUUCUUCUGCUAAAAGGACAAAACUCGACAAAACUGAGACAUCACGAAAGCGACGGAAAACGAGUACAGAACCGGAAGACCAGAGUGAAGACAGCGCGCCACUAGACGAUGAGAGUGAACAAGAAGUGUCGGAUGACGAGAAGGAUGUAGAGGACCAGAAGGAUGACGCCGCACCAUCGGAAGAGCCCGAGGAGCCAAAAAAUGACCGCGGAGAGGACUCGGAAAGUGAAAUGUCCGUGGUUCUUGACGAAGAGCCUAAGCCGACCCGACGGCGACAGAAAAGCGCCGGUACCAAAGCUUCAACCCAGACACGGAAGAAGACGACGGCCACAUCUAAAGCAAAGGACGCGGACCUUGACCCAGACCAAAAGAAGAUAAAGGAGUUGCAAGACUUGCUGGUAAAAUGCGGGAUCAGGAAAAUGUGGUGGCGACUGCUGGCUCCAUAUGAGACAUCUAAGGAGAAGAUCGGGCACCUUGAGGGCAUGCUCAGGGAGGCAGGAAUGACGGGGCCGUUGAAGGGAAAGGAAGCUGAAAGGAAAGCCUUGAAGAUCAGGGAAAGGCGUGAGCUUCAAGCUGACGUCGUCUCGUGCCAAGAGGAGGUAAAGAUAUAUGGCAAAGGCGGUGCCGACGAAGAGAGCGACAGCGGGCGACCAGGACGACGUUUAAACCGAGGCCGCAAACACCUUGCCUUCUUAGAAGAUGACGGCGAGGAGACGGAUUGA